AUGGUCGGUGGCCCCCUCGGUCUCUCGCUCGCGCCCUUCAUCACCAAGAACAGGACCCUCUACAGAUGGGUCAAGCCCGUCGCCAACUGGUAUGCCGACCUCUCCGGGUACAGGAAAAUGGGCUACAAAUAUGACGACCUCCUCGUCGAGGAGCGCGAUGACGUUCAGCGGGCCCUCACGCGUCUGACCCCGCGCGAGCAUUACGACCGCCAGUUCCGCCUGAAGCGCGCGUCGCACUGCAGUGUUCUCCACGACAUCCUUCCCAAAGACCAGUGGAUAAAGGCUGAGGAGGACGUCCGCUACCUCAAGCCUCAUGUAGAGAGCGUGGAGAAGGAAGACCUCGAGAGGAAGGCUUGGGAGAACAUGGUUAUUGAGAGGAAAUAG